CUACUAAGCUUUGAGGGCUUAAGAGCCUAAAGUUUGCAUCUGGCAUCGUGCAAGUCAGGACCAUGGACACUGAGAACAUCUAUAUGAACAUUCAUAUGAGAAAACCACCCCCAAGGUCAGUGGAGCCAGAGAAAGAGACACAGCCAGUCUACAAGAAUCUCAGGAUCCUUUAUGCUGUCAUCAUCCUCUUUGCUCUGAUGCUGGUGCUUUCCUUGACGGCGACGGCCAUUCUGUACUCGUGGGAAAAAGCAUGCCUUUGGCUACACAGGAAACCAGCGCCUUGCAACGUUGAUAACUCGACCAUGUUGGCUCUGGAAAUGGAAAAGAGCAAGUUGGAGAACCUCAAUGCUUCCUAUGAGGCACUUCAAUAUAAAUACCGGGUGGUCUUCACACUCGUGCCUGAAGGCUGGAAGCUGCAUGAUGGGAAUAUCUACUAUUUUUCCAGUGAAAAAAAGUCCUGGGCAGAAGCUCAGCAGUCCUGUGUGUCGAAGAACUCCAACCUGACCUCAGUGACCUCUCAGGAAGAACAGGCAUUUUUUUCCCGAACAAUUACAACUCCAUACUGGAUUGGCCUGACAGACAAGGGCAGUGAGGGUACCUGGCACUGGGUGGAUGGGAACCCCUAUAACCCAUCUAAGAAUGCACGGUUCUGGAGGGCCAAUCAGCCAGACAACUGGGAUCAAGGAAAGGGAUUAACAGAAGAUUGUGUCCAUGUGUUACCUGGAGACCUGAGGUCUUGGAAUGAUGAGAACUGUAACUUUAACCAUCAAUGGAUCUGCAAGAUUUCCCUGUAGAGCUGCUGGCUGCCUGGGGUCACCCCUCUCCUCCCCCUCGCUCCAUCUUCUGUAGGCAAGACCUAACCCUUGAGAGAAGGAAGGGCACAUCCCCAAAUCUGUCUCCUGUGCCUCCUUCCUCCAGCCUUCUCUCCUUUGCCCAUGCUCCCUUUCCCUACCCUAGCACCAGAAAGCGCUCACAGUGAGUGGGGCAAGACCCACCCACUCUAUUCACUCAACAAAUAUCAUGGGAUCUUUGGUGGCAAAGGUACUUCCACAGAUUUUUGCACCUUAAAAGAGGAGUCCCAGCGGACAGUGGUCAACCCAAAGGAAAAGCAAGUAAUGAGGACCAAGAUCUAACUAGGCUUGAUCUCGGAAUGCCUGAACUCAUCCCAAUUCUGCUACAUACCCUCUGUACUUCAAUUCUUCUCUCUCUUUUUUCUCGUCUGUAAAACGAGAAUGUUGAACUAGACCAUCUCUCAGGCCCUUUCUAAUGUGAACGCUGUAAUUCUGUUACACUCUUAUGGCGGCAUUCUAGGCUCUUCAACAGAUGGAUCUUUACAUGAGGGAACCUGACCAAAGUCCCUCAAGCACUGAAAAAGAAAUCGACCCAUCCCCCAUUGCCUCGAGCACAGAAUACGGACUCCUCAGCCUGGCAUUUAAAGCUUUCCCCUCUCGUUUCUCCUGUUCACAUAUCCCCGCUCCAUUCACACUGACCUGCUCCCUGUUAGCCCAUUCCCUGCCUGGAAAGCGCUCCUUCCUCAUCUCUGCCCUAGGCAGUCCCUGGCUCCCUCAAUGACGCAGCUCGGGCGCCAUCUCCAAAAGGAGUGGAAAUUCCCCCUUCUCUCCACCCUGCGAGUUGUUGGCAACGUCUCUGCAUUGAGACUCCUUUGCAUUUGUUUCAUACACACACACACACACACACACACACACGUAUACUGCACACAAAUACCUACUACAUAGUAUACAUUUAAAAUACAGUCUAUAUACCAUGUAUAAUGUGUCUAUUGCAUGUGCAUAGAGCAUAUCUGGUAUGUAUCUAUACACAGUACAUGUAUGUGGCGUGCAUGCACACGCGUGUACAUGUAUAUAUAUAUACACGUGUGUUUACGUACACGUGUAUUUAUUGUCCUUACCUGGCAUGCGCGUCUACCCCUGACACCUUGCUAUUAUAGUGAUCAGAGCAAUGGGCCCAAAAUCAGAAAGACCCAGGUUCAAAUCCUACCUCAGACACUCCCUGUGUAACACCGGGCAAGCUGGCUUAACCUCUGACCGUCUCAGUUUUCUCAUCUGUAGGAUGGGGGUGAUCAUAAUAGCACCUACCUCACAGGGUUGUUGUGGGGAUCGAAUAAAAUAACAUGUAAAGCAUUUUGCAAUAAAGCGCUCGAUAAAUAGAAGCUCUCUGUAAAAUCCAAGUCCCUCCAACUGAGGCUCUAGCCCCGGAGAAGAGCUUUGGACAAAGUCCCGGACUGCUUUAGAGGGCCCCGUAUCCAGCAAACAGUCACAGUAUGUGGUGGCGUAGAACUGGGGGAGGGGUGGGUGAGCACAGUAGGGGCCUUUUGGAGAUGCACAGCCCCUCCCCUUCCCGACACCUUCAAGCCUUGCUGCUCCUCUGGGAAGCUCCCCGACCCCAUCACCCCUUUAAUUCUUGAGGUCCUUUUUUCUCUUUCUGUAUUCUAUGACAAUGUGGUCCGUCCUUUAACAAUAAAACAUUUGCAUGAA